AUGUUAGACCUAUUCAGCAUUUUCAGUAAAGGAGGGAUAGUACUGUGGUGUUUCCAAAGUACAAGCGAAAUUUUUUCGCCGUCUGUAAACGCUUUAAUUCGCAGUGUAAUAUUACAAGAGCGGUCAGGCAAUAACACCUUUAAUCAUAAUGCCUUAACGCUGCAGUAUAAACUCGACAAUGAGUUUGAGUUAGUGUUUGUGGUUGCAUAUCAACGCAUAUUGCAGUUAUCAUAUGUGGAUAAGUUUCUCAAUGAUGUUCACUUGGAGUUUCGAGACAAGUAUAAGAAUGAACUGCAAGGAGGCCGUCAUAUCAUGGAUUUUGAUUUCAAGAUGACCUUCGACGAAGUUCUGAGGAAGUGUGAAAUUUGGGCCAAAACCCAAGCUAAGAUUCCAAAACAAAUGAGAACAUUUGAAGACUCACUAAAGUCCAAAAAGACUGUAGCUUCUAUGAUUGAGCGCAAAGGAGAAGAGAAAGGAAAGAAAUCAGUAAAAAUAGUUGAAAAUAAGAGUUUGACUAAUGGCAAGAUAGAGGAGUCUCCUGAACCGGAGGAUAGUUUUAUUGCCAGUAACAGAGCCAAGUUGGCUCAGAAACUGGCUUCUAAGGUCAAAAAGGAACCUAAAAAGUCACCGAAGAGUCCCAAGGUAGACCGUGUGAAACAGCCGCGCGUGUGGGAGUUGGGCGGAGGGACACGCGACCUACCCUCGCUUGACUUUAGCACUGACAAGCCGGAGGAUGCUGAGAACAAUGUUUCACCUGACACACAUUUGGUGGGUAAAAUGACCGGCGCUAUUCGCGACCUGGAGGUGGAGUCGGAAGAGAGCAGCAGCGAAGAAGAAAUCGAAUAUAACACACAGUCGAGCCCUAAGAAGACCACGGGCAUGUUCAGCAUAUUCAAGGGGCUGGUGGGUUCCAAGGCACUAUCAGAGGAAACGAUGCGUCCGGUGCUGGAAAAGCUACGCGAUCAUCUCAUCGGCAAAAACGUUGCAGCGGACAUCGCUAACAAGUUAUGUGAUUCUGUCUCCACCAAGUUGGAAGGAAAGGUGCUAGGUACGUUCGACAGUGUAGCCAAGACGGUGAAGGCGACUCUGACAGAGUCGUUGGUGCAGAUUUUGUCGCCCAAACGUCGUGUGGAUAUUCUGCGUGACUGUAUUCAUGCCAAGGAGGAGGGCAGGCCUUAUGUUAUGGCGUUCUGUGGGGUGAACGGCGUGGGCAAGUCGACGAACCUGGCGAAGAUCUGCUUCUGGCUGAUCGAGAACGACAUGUCGGUGCUGAUCGCGGCGUGCGACACGUUCCGCGCCGGCGCCGUGGAGCAGCUCCGCACGCACGCGCGACACCUCAACGCGCUCCACCCGCCCCACCACCACCGCGCGCGACAGAUGGUACACCUCUACGAGAAGGGAUACGGUAAAGACGCUGCCGGAAUAGCAAUGGAAGCCAUCCGCUACGCCAACGAUUCCCGCAUCGACGUGGUGCUGAUCGACACGGCCGGCCGCAUGCAGGACAACGAGCCGCUCAUGCGCGCGCUCGCCAAGCUCAUCAAGGUCAACGAGCCAGACAUGGUGCUGUUCGUCGGAGAGGCCCUCGUGGGGAACGAGGCCGUCGACCAGCUCGUCAAGUUCAACCAGGCGCUCGCCGACCACAGCUCCUCCACCGACCCGCACGUCAUCGACGGCAUCGUGCUCACCAAGUUCGACACCAUAGACGACAAAGUCGGUGCUGCCAUCUCUAUGACGUAUAUAACGGGCCAGCCCAUCGUGUUCGUGGGGACGGGGCAGACGUAUACCGAUUUAAAAGCUCUGAACGUCAACGCCGUUGUUCAUGCGCUGAUGAAGUGA